CCGGCCCACCGGGCGAGCGGCCCUAAACGCCAGCAGCAGCGACGCACCCGAAUCGGCUCAUUCCGCCCGCUACGCCCAGCAUCGACGCAGCAGCGCCGGUGACGCAGUCAACUCGCCUGGUCUGGUGCGACUCGCGUGAACCGAGGCGAGAGUUGCCGCGCUUUUCAGACUACUACCCUUCGUCUUGCUUUUAGUCGAUAGUGUGUGCAGGCGUGUUGUUGGAGAGAAGAGUGACGAACGGCGUUUGUGUGUGUGUGUGUGAGUGUGGAGCGCGUUUGUUUUGGCUGCGAGCCUCCUUGCUGUUGGUGCGUUGGACGAGACACCCGGCGGAGGAGAAGGGUAACGGGACCAGAGGGUGCGGGGGUUGGUGCCCACCCUGUCUUUUCCAGCCGCCUUCGUCGGUGCGCACCGCCAAAUUGAACCCUCGUGAGUGUCCCGGCACGACGUGCUUCUUCCUUCCUCCGUGUGUGACUGCGACUCAGUCUACGGGCACUUUCGAUAUAGUGUGAACAAUUGUUCAAACAUAAACCGAAUCGUCGCUGAACUUGUCGUUUUCGAUGAGGCGAUCUGACGGGAACGCGGCUUGCAGCGCCGGCGUGAGUCGACGGACGUCGGCCGGUGCGCUGUUACUUCUUUGUGGAUACCUGGCGGCGUCAAUCGUGAUAGUGUCAGCUGCUCCAUCAAAAGAGGAGAGCAAGAGCUACGAGGACAGUCGCUUGAAGCUCAUAGUAAAAGCUUUUGCGGACGAACUUGUACGGGAGCUCUCCUCGGCGCUCGACAAGGGCCACGUGGAGCUUAUCAAGGAGAAACUCGGCAAGCUUCCUGACCACAUCCAGGAACACCCGGCCAUUGGACAGAAGCAUCUAUGGGUGGGCAAGGGAAAACCACCUGCAUCGAAGGAUACUGAGCGGAAGGAGCGACACGCCCUAGCCAAUAGGCGCAAGUGGGCUAUGCACAAACGCGACGGUGCCCUGAUGCUGCCCUCGGAGGAGAUCUGCCAGACGACCACCCAGUGGGAGCAGCUGAAUCGCACGCAGGACUACGACGGCAACGAGGUGGAGAUAGUACAGGACGAGAUACAGCAGUACGUGUUCUCUUACCGCUGCGCCACCGCGCAGAACCCCUGCACGGCCAUCUCCGUGCUGUACGACAGCGAGUGCACUGAACGCAAGGGCUGGAUGUACCUCUACUACCGACCUCUAGAGGGCGAGGAUCGAGUAGCGAAAUGGGGCUACGUUUCAGUCAACCACCACUGCGUCUGCAAGGUUACGCCAAAGGGUGCCCGCUAGGUGCCGCACCGGAGACUGCGGCCGAC